AUGAGCCGGCUGAUGAGUGUGUUUAUUAUAUUAUUAAUUAUUGCAAAUGCAACCAUAACAAAUGGUAAUUUAUAUACAGUAGCCAAAUGUCCAGGAUUGGAUGUUGCUCGGAUUCGACAACAUACGCAGCAGAAUGAAAUAUCUUUGAUUUUCUACUAUACUCGAUGGAGUGGUGAUAGCCUGCUGGCAUUGAAGGAGUACAAUGAUGUGGCAGUGUACUAUGGUGAUAAGAUAUUCUUCUCUUCGGUUGAUUGCUGGCAUUUAGCGUGCAAUUGCAGCCGAGUAUUGGGGCCAGGUGUGGGAUCUGGUCCGAAUAAGUGGCCAACGUUAAUGGCGUAUUAUGGCCGUAGAGGUCAACUGCAAAUUCAAUAUCAUGGUUUGUGGUCAUUCAGAGGAAUGCAAAACUUUAUUGAUAACCUAUUGCAGCCGCUGAAGAGAUUUCCAACAAACGAAUCCUUGCAGCAAGCACAUCUAAAGUCCGAUGCCCUUAUAAUGGGUGUAUUUGAAUCGCCAAAUUGCAUGGAAUACAAACAGUAUCUAAUGGCAUCAGUGAAGUGGUUGGAAAGUGAUCCCCUUAGAACCUAUGUAUUUGGAGUCGACUUCGUAGAAAAUGUUAGCAAAGCCAAAGGACUAUUGGCAUAUGAACGCAUUCCUGAUAUUGUUUAUAUGGGUUCUUCAGACACGAAGAAAUUCCGAGAAAUUGGAGAUUAUUCAUGGAAUGCAAGUCAUAUUUUGCAAUGGCUACAUAAGGAGCUAAAGUUGGAUUUGAUUAAUUUACAUGGCUAUUCCACACCCAUUGCAAUUGCCCAGAAACUACAGGAGAAUUCAGUUUUGGCUAUAUUUGUUAAUGACGCCUUUAAUUUCUACGGCUAUAUGGAACAGUACGUACAACCAAUAUCCAGAUCCAAUUGUAAUGUCAGUAGGUCAAAGUGUCUAAGAGUUACAAAACUGAAGGAAGCCAAAGAAAAUAAUAUACAACAGAUAUAUGAAAAAAUGCUGGACAUUUCCAUGGAUGACAAGAAUUGCUAUUGUAACAUUAAAGAGGUACUGACUGAAAAUCUUGCCAAUUAUUAUGAUAUUAAUAUGUAUUUAACUAACCUAAUAAGCCACUUGGCAUAUCCCAACAAACAAAUUGUAAAUUCGGAUAUUCAUGAAUUGUUAGAAUUCCAUCACACAACCAAAUGCCUCAAUAGUGAUCCGAGAACUUCAAAUGAAUUACAAAUAAUCACUGCGAAAUAUUUACAAAGCAUAGUUGAUACUGAUAAAAAUUUUUACAACAGCAAUCGCACCUUAUCGGUUGUUUUAUUGGAUACCGAUAAAUACAGAGAUUAUUUGGAAAAUUUGGAUAUUGAACGUAACAAAUAUAGCAUGGCUACUGCUUUUAUUGUUGAUGUUCGACAAGAAGGUAUUUUCCCAUUGACGCAUGAUUUUGAUAUGGACAAUCUGAAGGAAUAUAUUCAACAAUUUUACCAAUAUAAUCUAUUGCCAAGAUAUAAAAGUGAAAAUAUCAAUUUCUUAAUAUCGAGACUAAAAACACAAACUAUGAAUGAGGAGAAAGACAGCAAUAUUUUCGAAGUGCUAUCACUUAAUCGUUUAAUGCUGCUUAAUAAUUUACAAUAUGUUCAUAAUCAAACACUUGUUCUACUUAUACAUACACCGGAAUGUGCACUUUGUGGCAGUUUACAGCAUACGUUUAUACAAAUAGCAGGAGCUUUGCGUUACAGUUGCCCAGAAUUGCAAUUUGCAAGGAUUAAUGCACACUUAAACGACUUGCCGUGGCAGUUUAAUAUGGCAUCAUUGCCUGCUCUCUUGGUAUUUCCGAAGAAUCGAUAUGGCGAUUCACGACUCUUUCCUUCACAUUUGAAACCAGAUUUUCGAAAUGUUUUCGGUUUCAUUUUGAAACAGCUCCCAGCUGAAGAUCAAAUCAAAGCUACUGUAACAUUAUGUCAGAGCCCCGUUUUAAAUACUCUCAAUACUCAGUCUUGUUGGCGUUUUGCUAAGAAUCUACUGACACAACAUAUUGGCCAAUAUUUGCAUUAUUGGGAGCUAUUCGAAAACGAACGGAAAGUAAUAUUUGAACAUUUACGUGCCUUCAAAGAUACGAGUUUAGAUGUACAACGUAAUUUGAAAUUGUAG